CACAAAUUUGACGUUUUGCAUCUAUGCGCCGCCUCAAAAAGGGAAAGCAAACAAUAUAAAAUCAACCAAAUUUGUUUUGGACCAAAACUUUUGGUUCGAAAUUGGAAAAGCAUCUAACAAAAAUGACGCCCAGUUGUGUGAUCUGUAACGAUAGCCAGCAGAAAAAUUCCCAAUGCCGAUUGUUCCCGUUUCCCGAUCCUUCAUCACAAGCAGUGCAAUUUCAAAAAUAUCUCGCUGUAUGUGAUCUGCAGGAACAAUGUCCUCAGACUGAUAAUCUUCACAUCUGCUCCACCCACUUCUCCGCCGAAUGUAUCGAUCAAGAAGGAAAUUUGAUCGAGGGCGCGAUGCCUACAACCAAUCUCGAACGGAUCGAAAUUGAAACCUAUGCUGACGAGGACUUCCAGAUGUUGGAGGAGUACGAACCGUUGUUCAAUGUCAAAUCAAAGGAUCCUGAAUCCGUUUCAGCGGUCUCUUUGACUUCUUCAAUUCAACCGUCAGUAAUGGAAACGGAAACCCUUCUUGUCCCGAAGACUGAACCUGUCGAAGAGGCUGAAGAAAAUGUUACAUUCGUAGAAGCUGAAAUUAAAACAGAAGCACCGGAUGUAGACGAAGGCAUUCCAGAUCCAUUUGGAAACGUAACUGCAGCCGAUAGUGUGCAAGAAAGCGAUCCUAAAUAUUGCAUUCUUUGCGGAGAUCGAGAAUCGAAAAAUUCAAACUGUCGGCUUUACAUUUUCCCGAAGAAAAUUCCCAAAAUCUACCGCAAGUGGAUGCUUGCCGCUAGGUUGGACAUGACGCGAUACCAGGACAAGGAUAUAUACAGUUGCCAGAAACAUUUUCCGGAGAAUGGAUUUUUCGCCGAUGGAAAAUUUAUUCAGAGUUGGGCUUCUCCCAAAUUAAAUCUACCGGCACGAUUGAAAACUGUUGCACCGAGUUUGACGAAACCAACAGAACCACAGGUUAUUUUCCUCAACGAACCUGGUCCAUCUUCUAGCGGAGCUACACGCUCCACUGGGCCGCAGAUUGUCAUCAAGUCUAAUCCGGCGAACAGAAAAAAUGCCGAAGCAUUGAAUAUUGACCCGGACAGUUAUGCCAAAACCUUCGCUAAGGUUGUUAUGGAACUAAUGCCGCGUAAGCUUAACUACAACGGUGAAGAGCGGCCAGUUACUGGAACAAUUGUAUUUCAAUCAAAUUUGUUUUAAGUACCAAGACACUAAACUAAAGCUGAUGAUUAAUAAAUUAGUAUACUAACGAGGAGUUUCGGACUAAUAA